AAGAAAAAGAUAAAAGAUAAUUUGAUAGUUUGUACUAUAUAUUAUAAAUGAAUUGUUUUAUACAUGUAUAUCCUUUAUCUUCUCUCAUGUGUUGCACCUGUGUUUGGGGGUAUGUAUAUAGCAUACAGUAUAGCAUUUCUCAAUGUAAACGAAUACAUUUAUUAACUAUUCUAUCUCUUUCCUCUCUCUCUCAAUCACUUUCCUGUACUAUAGGAAGUGAUCGUAGUAGUGCAUCAAUCGUAUGGUUUUAAAGACUGUAAACAUUGCCCCUGAGUAUAUACAUAUAGUGAGCAGUCUGCGGUAGAGUGAACUACGUGACAUAACAUAAACAAGUAUUAUUCAAUUAGGACUACUACAUGCCAAGAGAUUACAAGUGCUACAGUGAACACUUCUGCUCUCAAGGAGGAAAGGUGAUAGAAUUAUAUAGAGAAGAUUUUUAGAGGAAGGCAGAUGAUGGGUGGGCCUCCACUUUCACACUUGGUAUUGAUCUGUUUUCUGUUUUGGUUCUGUUCUAGUCUGACCAAAGCUUGCAAUACUGUUGCUAAGUUUCAGCCCACUACACUAGUCCUCAAUCAUAACACCCACAAUAUAUCAUGCUAUCUGACCAAGGAUGACUCUUCUACAUCCCUUCUCAUUAAUGAUCAGAUUAAGCAGCAAAAUGGAGAUUUCAAUAAUAUAUCCUGGACCUGUAUUAAUGGUGGAGGAGAAGGUAGCUCAAAAUAUGGAUACAACAUAAGCAUACUAGGAACACCAGAGAACAACAACACGGUUGUUAGGUGUCGUAUAAAUGAGCUAUGUUCCACUAUCACUAGAAUUAUUGUAGUAGAUGGGCCACCAUCUGGACCUCACCCAGACACUCACCCACUCAAUACCAGUCACAUUGCAAUCUCUUGGUCUCCAGCAUGGGCCUAUCCAGUUAAUACCUAUACUGUAAUGCUUUCAAGAGAUGGAGGAGUAAUGGAUGAAGUUAAUACUAGUAAUACUAGUAUAGUUAUCAGUAGAAAUGAUAAUAUUGAAUGUGCAUUAUUUAAUGUAAGUGUUACAGCUAUCACUGAUAUUGGAGCUGGUGAACCUAGUAAUACUGUACAAUCUGGGUUUCCUAUUUCAUUUAAUUCCAGUACUGUUCUUAAUACUUCGGUUCAAAGGUUACUCUGUAAUGAAAGGAGAGAAGACAGAAAUCAUUACAGACUAACAAUUGAUCCUCCUGCUGUCUGCCAGUAUCAAGUAUUGAACUAUACAGUGAAUAUGAUCAGUUCUGCUGGUGAAAUUAUCCUCAGCAAUGAGUAUUCUUCUCUGCCAUAUUUCUACUAUACUCUACCAAGGAGUAUCGUUAGUGACACUUAUACUAUAACUACUACAGUGAGGAAUCAAAUAAAUGAGAUAAUCAACACGACUGAGCCAAACAAAAAAAUCGACUAUCUUAACAUUCCUUCCAUAGCUACUAACACAACAGUUACAGUGCCACUCACUGAUAGAGUUGUGUUUGUGAAUGAAUCCAUCAGCUUCUCCUGCAGGUUUGAUGAGAACAGUGACACUAGUAACAUGGAACUACUCAUUAAUGGAAGUAAUAUAGUUCUAUCAAUUCAUCCACCUAAGGGUAAUUUUGGAAAUAUACACUAUGAGAGGAAGAGUAAUGGAUAUACAGUGACUGUAAAUGUUUCGACAUUGGAGUAUAAUAAUACUUAUUUUAGAUGUGUGUUGCAUGACAAUUGCCUGACUGAAGGGUAUCUUUAUGUUACAACAGAUCAGCCUUCUCCUCCGAAAUCUGUAAUGGUUGGCUCAAUGUCGUCUAAUUCUCUAAUCAUCACUUGGUCUCGGCCAUGGUUUUAUCCUAUUAAUAUUUAUACUGUAUUAAUUUCAUGGAGUGAAGGAGUAACCAAUGAAGUUAAUACUAGUGAUACUAGUAUAGUUGUUAGUAGAAAUGAUAGUGAAAGUAUAGGUGAAUGUGUUUUGGUUAAUAUAACAGUUACAGCUAUCACUGAUAUUGGAGCUGGUCUACCUAGCAUAACUCUACAGUCUGGGUUUCCUAUUUCUCUUGAUAGUGUCGCCAUUACUCUUAUAAGCCAUUCCUGGAUCAGCGAUCGCGUUAUUAAUAUUACAUACAAAACAUAUAAUAUUUGUAGUUUUCAAGACGUUAGUUAUGAGAUUCUUGUGACUCAUGAGGAUACAAAUGAGACAAAAGUCAUCAAUGGAAGCAGCAUAACAACCAGCAGUGUCAUUGGGGGUCUGCUCCAGUCACUGAUAAGUGUCAUCAUUGUUGAUGUUGGUAUAUUGUUCCCAGGCACGACUGAUCUUCCUGGCAUGUACUCUUUUGUUGUGACUGCUGCUAGCGGUAAUGAGACACUUACUGUACCUUUACUCUCUAAUAUCAGUCCUACAGUCAUGGUUUCACCUACUACGGCUACUAGUACUGUCAGUUCUAGUUUUGUUGCUAGUAGUUCUAUUAUCAUUGUUGCUACUAAUGAACCAAGCUUUUUUGAGGAAAACGUGAUAUAUAUAGCAUCUGGAGCUGGGGGUGCAGUUGUACUGAUAGUAAUUAUAUGUAUUGUAUCAAUUUGCUGCUAUAUUGGAUGCAAGAGCAGGAGAAAAGGCCCAGUACUCGUCAUACCACCAAUGGAGCCUAAUCCCACUUAUGCAGUGACGUCUGAUCCUGAUAGUACAUAUGAGACAAUAUCUAACAUACGAGAGUUAACGCCUAUCAAAAAUCUGACACCCUCUCCAUCUAACAUGAAGCGUAACCCCUCCCCUCACCAAUUACCAAUGACCUAUGGCUACCACCAUCACGACGGCAAUGGGCAAAUGGCAGCUCCUAAUCUCCCUCCUCCCAGAGCUUAUAGAGAAGAAGUGGGAGGAGCUAGUGUCUAUCCACCACUCCCACCAUUGCAGUGCCCGCCGAGAGAAGACGAGUAUAUUGAAAUGUCGUCUCAAAGUUUAACGUGUCCUUCCCCUCGUUACAUUACAGGUCCUUCUCCGAGAAGAGGAGGAGGUGGGUUAGAACCUGUUGAUGAAAUCAUACCUUUUCAUAUAGCUGCAGGCGAGACCAUUGCAAAUGGAUUCCAUUUUGAACCAAAUAAUACAACAGUAUGAAAUGCAUUCGUGCAAUUUUCUGUCUCUUUCCUCUUCUCUUUUUGUCUCUCUUGUAUGACAAUUGUCUGUGCAGUAAUUCAUUGUCACUGCUGAAAAUCGUGUCUUUAUUGUUUUUAUUAAUAACCAGGUAUUAACUUCCUAAUCACAA